AUGGCUUACGCAGUAACCACGAACGCUCCGGUCUUGGUUGACCCAGAAGACGAUUGGUGGAAUUGGAACUAUUACAUCACGGGCCUUGCUCGCAGCCUUGGAGUCCGGGAUAUUCUCCUUGGUAAGAAGCCCUACCCGGUCAAACCGACUUACCCGACCUAUCCUGGGGACGCUCCGCCGGGUAGCGAUACUUCGCCCGCGGAUUUGACGGAACCGACCCCUGAGCAAUUGGUCCGGUACAAGGUGAAAUUAGAGCGGUAUGAGGUAGAAGCGAGACGAUAUGAAUCCGAACGGGCGGCUUUAUGGACUAUCUGGCAGGCGAUUUUUCAGACAGUCGCUCGCAGGUACCUGGCACGGUUCGCCAACGAAUUAGAUAACGAGGUUGACAUCUACCGGAAGUUGAAAGAGAAGCUGGAGCCCUCGUUGGAAGAUCAGAAGCGGCGUAUCCGGGAGAGACACAGGAGGCUCAUUGGAUGGAAACCGACUAACCAGAGCAUGGGGAAAUGGCUCGAUGAGUGGGAAGGUGUGUUGAGCCAUUCUGAGCGCUUGGAAAUGGAAGAGUUCGUUGGAUGGCUUGGUACGCUCGACUUUCUCACGGCAUUGAAGGAGAUCGAGCCGAGUCUUCAAACCUUCGGCAUUGUCUCUUUCUACCAAAUCGGCGAGAUCGUCAAACACAACACAAUGGUCUCUGAACAAGCUCAUCUCCGCAUUAUCAUUGCCGGUGCUGGCCUUGGUGGUCUAGGCGCGGCAGUCUCCUGCGCGCUCUCUGGACAUACGGUAGAAGUAGUCGAGCAAGCAAAGGAACUCGUUGAAGUUGGUGCAGGUCUUCAGAUAACCCCCAACGCCUCACGACUUUUCAAGUACUGGCAACUUCCCAACUUCAUCUGGCAAGCCGCAGCUGAGCCCACGGCGCUCACUGUCCAUCGCUAUACCGGUCAGAUCCUCGCCAACGAACCCUCUUUCCACAAGAAUAUCCGCGCAAAGUGCGACGCUCCGUUCAUAGACCUGCACAGAGUGGACCUGCAGCAAGCCUUGUAUGCCCGUGCGAAGGAGCUCGGCGUCACAUUCCAACUCAACGAGAGAGUCGACUCGAUAGACUUUGACACAACAACGAUCAAAACGCUAGCUGGCAACCGGUACACCGGUGACUUGAUCAUUGCCGCCGAUGGGCUCUGGUCCCGCUGCCGCGAGUGUUUCCUAGGGAAGAAGGAUGCGCCGCUCCCCACAGGCGAUCUGGCUUACAGAAUUGUGCUAACUGCCGAUCAAAUCUCAGAUCCGGAGCUGAGAGCCUGGGUUGAGAACCCAGAGUGCCACUUCUGGAUCGGACCCGGUGCACAUGCGGUGGCAUACUCGCUCCGCAAUGGACAAAUGUUCAACAUUGUGCUGCUUGUGCCGGAUAAUCUGCCCCCCGGAGUCUCCAGACAGUCUGGCUCGGUGGAAGAAAUGCGGAAGCUCUUCGAAGGCUGGGAUCCAGUUCUGAAUCGCUUCCUGAGCUACGUCGACAGCGUGGACAAGUGGAAGCUGAUGCACCACGCUGAAAUGGAAACCUGGGUAAAUGACAAGUCAAACUUGGUCUUCCUCGGUGACGCCUGCCAUCCCAUGCUCCCCUACCUCGCACAAGGCGCCAACUCGUCUCUUGAAGACGGCGCAGUCCUAGGCCAAUUACUCGGCCACAUGAAGAGCAAAUCGCACCUACCCCAGAUCCUCCGCUUGUACGAGAGCCUGCGGAAAUCCCGCGGUGAGGCCAUUGUCAAGGAGACUUUCAAGCAGAGACAUGAUUUCCACAUGCCAAAUGGCGAAGAGCAGGAAAAGAGAGAUGAGAUAUUCCUGUCUCAACUUGAAAAGGAGAUCAAGGGCGCAUUUCCCAGUAGAUGGACGUGUCCAGAGGUGCAGCCCUGGCUUUAUGGCUACGACGCAAUCAAAGAAGUCGAGAAUGUAGUUGCGCAACACCCGGAUUUGUUCGUCAGGACGUCUGCGAUUCUGUAA